AUGGCCUUUGAAGUAGAGCCAGCGCAUACAUCCGACGCACCACAAAUGGCACGCGUCUUCCAAGCCGCCUUCUCGGACGCCUUCAACAGAAAAAUGUUGCCGCCGACGGAGGAUGUCAAUGUCUGGGCCAUUGAGAACGUGGCCGGCGGCGGCGGGGCGCAGCCCCACGAGGUGUUCUUGAAAAUUUGUGAUGAUGAGGGUAGGGUUGCAGCAUUUGCGAAAUGGGUCCAGCCGGUGGAUACAGAUGAUGGUCGACACGAAAACGAUGACAACCAGGGUUCGUGGCCUGUCAGUGCCGAUAAGGAGCUUUGUGAGGUGUUUUUUGGGACUAUGAGUGAACAUCACCGAGAGCUUAUGGGGACAAGGAGGCAUUAUUAUCUCGAGAUCCUUGCAGUUGACCCGGCUUAUCAAGGGCGCGGGUUGGCGUCUAAGCUAUUGAAAUGGGGCCUUGCGAGGGCCGACGAGGAAGGCGUUGAGGUUUAUCUUUCUAGUUCGCCGGAGGGGAGAAAGGUAUAUGAGAAGUAUGGGUUUGAGAGCAGGCAUGCUUUCUCGCCGUUCCCGGCUUACGAGCAGUUGAAUAUGAUUCGGCCAAUUCAGCGAUGA